AUGAGCUGGUUACUGAGUCGGAUGAUGGAACCGAACCAAUGGAGGUCCUUCUACAGAGACAAGAAGUGCGAAGAGACGCACCGGACGAUGCAACAGGGAAAUAUGAACGCACGCAGCAUAUGGACAACCCUCGGCCAUCAUUCACAGGUCAUGGAAAUGGAGGGAACUGCGACACCCCUGGAGGAGGAUAUUCUAGAUAUCCCAGCGGUCUUCCCACGGAUACAUCGCAAAGCUUGGCGCUGCCAUACCCUGGUCACACCCGUCCUCAACCACGGACCACAGUCCAACGGAACCCCUGCCUCACAACGGAUGCCGCUAGCAGCCAAAGCCGAAAGCCAACUGUCGUCCUGGAAGUUAGGCUGUCUGAAUGAAUCGCAAGUAAAGCUAGAGCGGAUGCGGCGCUUUGGUUAG